AUUGAUAACUGAAGGCCGAAGGUUAUCCGGCAAAAGGAAAAGCAAGAAUUUUCUUUGCAGAAGCCAUUUCUCUUCUCUACCUGUCUUUCUCUCUUCCUUCGUCUGAAACCCUUUACAGUUUCGUCUUCUGCCGUCUUUGUCUCUCUCAAAAAAUGGUGUCUUUUGGGGCAGGGUUUAUCGUAGAAGAGUUUCUUGACUUCUCUUCGGACAUCGGCGAAGAAGACGAGGAAGAAGACAACAAACAGAGCAACAGCAACAACUUUCCUACCACCACCACCACCAACAACAACAACAAAGCCCUCUCUUCCUCUUCAACUUUGGACUUGGACUCCAAACCCACAAACCCUGCUACUCACCAAAUCCAUCAGCCACAACGAGAAGCACAAACCGUGUUGAACAUUUUCGACCUAGAUGAUGACCACCACCAUUCCUUCCCCGAAUUCCUAGAAGAAGAACUGGAAUGGAUAACAAACGGAGACGCUUUUCCGGGCGUAGAGACAUUCGACGACAUUUUCCCAGGGAAGCUGAGUAAGGGCCCAAAUAAUCAUAGCCCUGUCUCGGUGCUUGAGAACAGUAGCAGCAGCAGUAACAACAGUGGCAUUAUGAUUUGCUGUGCUAGCCUCCGAGUCCCAGUUCGAGCCAGAAGCAAGAGGCGAAGACGGAAACGUAGUGGGUUCUCAGAUUUGUCAGGUCAGCAAUGGCGGUGGUGGUGUGAACGUAAGAACAAGAGCAAUGGAGGAGGAGCAACAUUAGCAGCAGCAAAUGAAACAAUAAUGGCGACGAUAGGUAGGAAGUGUUGGCAUUGCGGGGCGGAGAAGACGCCACAGUGGCGGGCAGGGCCUCAUGGACCAAAGACACUCUGCAACGCAUGUGGGGUAAGGUAUAAGUCGGGCAGACUCGUGCCGGAGUACCGGCCAGCGAGUAGCCCUUCUUACUCUAAUGAAUUGCAUUCCAACUCUCACAGGAAAAUAUUAGAAAUGAGAAAGCAGAAGCAGCAGGAGUUGUUGAUGGAGUCUGUGGAUAAAGGGUAGCGCUUGAAUCCUUUUGUUGUUAGAUAGAUAGCAUAUAAUUUAGAGAUUGUUGUAUUGGAUAGUUGUUUGGAUUUUGUUUUAACAUUAAACCAGUUGAAUAGGGAAGUUUAGUGCUUUCAUUUAAA